AUGCAGCGAGUGUCGCAAGUCGAGCAACUCACGGACGACGAGCGCCGAGCCCUUCGCGCCAGUCGAUUCUCCGCGGCGCGACUUCCCAGUCCACCGCGCUCCUCGCACUCCGCAGCUGCAGCGACCGCACGGCAGGCGCAUCCCGGGGGCCCACUGGCGACGAACAAGGCGGCGGCCCUCUCACGGUUCCUGCAGCAGCGGCUGGCGGCGAGCGCGGAGGGGGGCGAGGGGGGCGGGAGGGGGGCGCUGGACCCACGGCUGGUGGAGGUGGCCGUGAGGAACGCGCAGGCGACGCUCGUGGCAGGUCGUGGUGCGGUGCGGCACGUGGACUGUUUCAAUGAUGGCAACCAGGGGGGUGCUGCCGAGGACAGCACUAGCAGCCUCAGUGGCUUUGAUGAGUCGUCCGAGGAGCAGCUCAAGGUGAAGCAGAAGAAGCUCAAGGGGAAUAAAGGAGGCAUCGCAAGCAAGGACAAAAAGAGGAAAAGGAACUUCCACGAGAAACGGAAGGUCAAGAAAAAUAACGCCCUCCGCGCUCUAGCCUCCCGUUGCACGCCUACGUGCCCUCCAAAUCGCGCCCUUCGCGCCCUCUCAAACGCGCCCUCCGCGCCCUCUCAAACGCGUCCUCCGCGCCCUCUGCGCCUUCCGCGCCCUCUACGCCUUCCGCGCCCUCCUCCUCCGCGCGACAGCUCCCUCCGCGCCCCUAGCCUGCGCCGUCGCGGACCUCCGCGCCUAGCCCGUCGCCCAGGCCCGCGCCUAGCCCGUCGCGCUUAG